AUGCCGCGGAUACCAGCUCGUUCAGAGCCCUACGCAUCACCGCCUAGACGGCAUAGACACUACAAGGCCAAACGCGACCAAAUUCUGCGCGCAUUAGAGCAAGCGAGCUUCAUCAACGGUUCGCAAUUCGCCAUUUUAUGGGUCAGCGCGCGUGGAGAGACGGAGACGUUUGCGUCAGACGUCUUUAAGCAAAAACUAGCCUCUUGGUUUACAGGAGAGGUCAUUGCAGAUGCAAGACAGACAGUCUUGCAAGCGCCGCCACCGCCGCAGCCAACAGCAGAGCAAAUCAAGGCAAGUGAGCUUGAGCUAAUGGAUCAAAGUCCUGAACAAAUGACUUGGAAGGCACCAGAAUUAGCGCACUCUGCCAUGCCAACACCUUCGGAUGGCUCCUUUGCUAGUCCGAAUGGGCCGCCCAGCUACGGUUACAGUGAGCGGCCGGCCCUUGGACAAGAUUUGAGACGCACGUCGUCCGUCCCGCCUAUCCCGCGUUCUGUACACAGCGUGAGCAUGCCAGAAGUGCCGACUCUCAUGUCUUUGAGAGACAGGGCCGACAAUAUGCACCUCGACUAUAGCAAAGCACCCACAAGUGGCAACGUCAUCAAUCCCGGCAACCCAGAUUACAGGCUACUUUGUGUUGGCGAUGCCGAGGAAGUGACAACGUUUCUGGAAGCGCGCUUCAGACAACUUCAGCAACUGGUUUGCAAGAUUGUCGCCAAGUCAUGGAUCAAAGUGCUUGAACCAAAGAAGCAGACGCGUUUUCCUUACAACAAGGGUGAUGAGGCAAAACCUGCGUGGUGGCCGUCCAAUGUUCGACACAAAGAGCCUGAUCAUCUGAUGAAGCCUGAGCGUAUUUCACUCCUCAUGACGAUGCUGCGCUUUGGCAAAGUGCCAGUCUCUCGGCUAGAGCUUGCAACUGCCGAGACUGUUGCUUUGAUUCCAGUUGAUAAGAUUGGGAUGCUCAGGGAGAUUUACCGUGUCGCCAAGGAAGAAGAACUCGUCAAGGCCGGGGAACUCCCAUCGGAUCAUCGCAUCUAUGUCACGACCAAUGUUGGGAGUCAUGCAUCACUCGACAUGGAGCCUACAGUCCAGAGCAACGGUGUUGCAAACGACAAUCUCAGUCAUGCGUCUCACCAGCGAGAAGGCAGCGUGACGGAGGCGUCCUCUGCGCGCUUUCUGACUCCACUCACAUCGCCAUACAUGGAAGCGCCGGCACCUACUUACCCUUCGAUGUCUCUUCAGCAGCAGCACCAGCAGCAGCAGCAGCCUCCACAAGAGACGAGCUAUUACUAUCAUACCGCGCCAUACCAAGCACGGCCCCAUGGCUCAAAUUAUGAAGGCAGCUAUGCACCUCUACGACGGGAGGAAGCACCACCUGCAUCCUACAAUUGGCCACAAAGCACGAGUCAGCACUUGCAGUCCAAUUGGCAUCACCAAGCGUCCGCUGGCGAACCGUUUUACCCACCACUCGAUCAUUCACAACACCACGAUGACAAGGCUAGGGACUUGUCUCAUGUACGGGGUAGCUAUUUGCAACGACCUACGCGUCAUUCAAGCUACAUGCACCCGCAAUUGGCCAGUUUUCAGGCAUACAUCAAUUCUGACAGGCAUGCAGGGGCAAGCCUUGCACAGUCUGCAACGUCGUCCUCAGCAGACGUGGGUGCUCAACAGCAUCAGCAGCACGGACAAGAUAUGACAACGUAUAGUUAG